AUGACAAACAAACCUUGCAAUGCGAAUGAUGAAGACAUCGUAGACGGAAUGGUUGGAGUUGGAAAGCCACUCACCCACCCUACGUCGAUGUCGUACUGUCUCCAGCGGAUUCGAUUGGGCGAGUUUUGCCGCGAAAUCACAGAUUGCGCUCCGUUUGGAAUGUCCGAUCCAGGAAGCCCGGACUACGAGCACACUAAACAGAUUGACGGCAAGAUUUGUGAAUUCGCUGAGAGUCUACCUCCGUUUUUUUCCUUGGCCUACAGAUCGGACGAGCUACCCAAGACCGAUCCUCGGAAAUCUACCGGAAUAAUCAUUCAACGAUAUAUCAUCAAUUUUCUGCUUCAUGCCCAAAGGUGCAGGCUUCACUUGCCUUAUCUGUCGCGAGCGUCUAAGGAUCCCGCGUAUGAUUACUCACGGAAAGCAUGUCUGGAAGCGGCUCGAAUGGUGAUCCGAGCCGAACGCCAACUCUCGCUAGAGAUGAUCCCCUUUGUGGCCGCGCGGCUAAGGCUUUCAGGCUUGCUACAUUGCGUCUGUGUGGCGAUCAUGGUGCUUCUCAUAGACUUUUGUGGGAGUGGUCAUCCGCAGGAAAAGGACCUAACGGAAAUUCUGGAAGCAUUUUCAAUCCUAGAAAAGGCUAAAAAGGACUCCCCUCUAGCAGGAAGGCUGCUUGAAACCUUCAAGACGGCUCUUCGGCGACACAGUGCUUCAGGUUCGGCUGUCGAAGAAAGUACAACAACGCAGUCUAUCGCCCAAGACCGUGAGGCUACGCCGGGACUCGCCUGUGGCUCUCCGGCGCUUACAAGCACGGUAUAUCCGACGGGCAGGAAUGUCGAUGACUUCCUAAUGGACCCCACGUUGCCUACUCUGGAUGACCUCUGGCAGGUAUUCGAUGACAAUGUGGACUCAGGAACAGUAGACUGGAAUAGCUUCUUUGCUGAGUCGGACACUGGAUUUCUGUCUAUGUAG